UCAACUAUACACCACUCUACCGAGAGUGACGCCUUUAGGAGUCGAAGCAACCUGCCUACUCGCAUCAUUAAAACAAACGACGUACUUCCAUAUGCCGAGGAAUGUUAUCGUCAUCACUCGCAUAUUGCGAACUGUAAUUGCUCUACUAUAUAAUGAAAAAGACUCCAAAUACCAAUGUCCCACUUCGCAGCGACCACUUUGCGCUGUGCGCUGCAUCACUUCGAGACUGCUUGGCUUUUCACAAGAUCUGACUUCAAGACAACAAUUUUCCCCGUGAUGAUAUUUGCAACUGUUGUAUCUCCUCGCCAUAGCCCGCUAGGCCUAUCUUGCGCUCUCUGCUGGCUUUGGUUCCAUCUCUUUCAAUUCAAUGCGUCUAACCAAUCCUACUCUGCCGAUGAAGAUGUCUUGAACAAACCAUGGCGUCCUGUGGCUGCGGUUUACACCGUGUUCAUGGUCAUGCAUGACGAUGUUCAUCUCGGUCACCAUCCCAUUUUCAAGAAUUUGUGCAACGCAGGAGGUUAUAUGACAAGUGAACUCGGUUCUUUGUUGAUUCUGUCAAGGGAAUUUUCACUCGACGGAACGAGCAUAAAAGCACUUUUCUGCAGCGGGCUUGUCAUACUUCUGACAAUCCAUGCGCAAGAUUUUGCCGACGUCGAUGGUGAUCGCAUGUCAGGACGACGAACAUUGCCGAUUAUAACGCCCAAAGGAUCUCGUAUCUACAUGCUUUGUGUACUUCCGCUCUUUUCUUUCGCGCUUGCAUCAUUUUGGAGUUUGGGGCCUCUUUCCACCGUUCUUUUUGUUUUUAUGGGGUCUUGGGUCGGAAUUCGCUACUUUAUCUUCCGCGACGAGAUUUGUGACCAGUCAACCUACCGCCUGUAUAACAUAUGGCUCAUAGGCGUUCAUCUUUUGCCAGCUAAUGUGCGUUUUUGUGCAUUGGCGUGGUAGUACCCUCGUUGCGUCAUGACCAUGGUGGGGGAAGCAUUCUAGAUGACUUCCCUCACAAAACUGUCAUUUGACUCGGAGGAAAUAUCGGUGAUAUUGCUAAUAGCAUGGCAUAGGCGCUACUAGUAUAAUAGAUGUGAACUCAAUUUAGGCAUCCGUUUUACAUGC